AUUCUAGUAGUAUAUAUAUCUCAUCACCCUCUCGCCAUUUCGCCCUGCACUUUGUCAAUUCAUCAUCCACAUAUUCUUCCUCCCCCACCCCCACCCCCCUCUGCCAAGAAUCAGCAUUAUGAAAAGAGGUGGAAGUUCCGGAGGUGGGCAGAGUUCCUUAGGGUAUCUCUUCGGCUCCGAUAACAAGCAGAAAAAGGAGGCGCCACCAACUCUGCCGCCUUAUACACCGCCAUACGGUAUCGAUAUGGGCAGCGAGAAGCCACCGGAGACUCCUCCACCCCCUUCUCCAGAUAAAAUCAGUAAGGUAUCCAACAACUAUAAUAGGGUCCAAGGCCAAAACUCUGGGAACUUCAUUACUGGUCGUCCAUCGACAAAGGUUACGUCUGCACCAGGCGGAGACUCAUCUCUAGGUUACCUGUUUGGUGAUAAGUCUUAAUGAUCAAUCUUUUAUAAUUAAGGGGGACAAGGGUUGGAGAAUUCAUCUGGAUCUGAUUCCAAAUUUGGAAAAUUAAGGAAUUUAAUUGUUUGGGGGGUACUACGUUGUGCUAUACAUAUAUAUGGUGAAUUAGGUUUAAUUUAGGGUUUUGAUGGUGGGGUUCAAUUAAUUAUUGGCGUGUGUGUCCAGUAGUGUAAUAAUGCAAAGUAGUUGUCAUCAGCUUUCUCAGUUGUUUGCAUCUGUGGGCAAUUAAAGAUUUGUCAAAAUGUGGUAAAAGUUGAGGUUGUAAUUAAGAGUGAUGAUGAUCAUAGUAUGUGGGGGUGUUCCAUAAUUGGCAACCCUAGCUAGCAGGGAGUAGCAGGAUAGGCUUUCCAGAGUCAGUUCCACUACAUAUGGUCUGGAAUUUGUUUGUUCUAGUUAGUGUGAUCGUACGAUCCAUAAAUUGUUCGUUUCUUUCAUGUUUAAGACUACUAUAGCUUGUUUGUACGCUAUUGUCAUAAGAACUUGUUGAAUGUUAAUUUGGAAUUAGCGUAUUUAA